AUGGCUCUCCAAGAAUCUCUCCAGUUCUCAGGGUCCCUAAGAGGGCUGGACCAGAUGGGAAUUCGGGGGGGUCCAUAUCUCCUGCUGGGUGAGGUCCUUGGACACAGCGCACUUGGUGUGCAGCCCCAGCAGGCUGCUGAUGGAGAUGCCGAUGAGCUUCUGGAGCUGCCGGCACUGCUGCAGCGCCCGGCUGGCCGCGGCCCCCGCGCCUCACUCCACGGCCGCCUCAUCACCCCCGCCACCGCCCUCCUUCUCUCCCAUCGCGGCGGCGCACAGCGCUGCUCUAUGCACACUGCGGCGGCCGAGGCAGGGAGCCCGGGGCGCGGGCGCCUAAGCCAGGAACCCCCGAGACGGAAGAGAUGGACCAGGAGCGCCCCUCGCCGCUGCUCCAGCCAGGACGCCGGUAGAGCUGGCAGCCCAGUCUGCUGCUCCAGCCCUCAGAGACGCGGUGGCGGGAACAAUAAGCCACGACUGCAAAAAGCCGCGGCGACGGGGGCAAAAAGUCGUACAGGCCUGGGCAAAAAGCCGCGGCUACAGGGGGAAAAAGCCGCAAAAAGAUACGGCGGCGGGGGCAAAAAGCCGCGCACAAAGCCCCGGGUGCUGGGACAAAAAGCCGCAGCAGCAAAAGCCGCGGCGGCGGGGAGCAAAAAGCCGCAAAAAGCCACGACGACGGGGGCAAAAAGCCUCGGGUGCGGGGGUAAAAAGCCGCAAAAAGCCGUGGGGGCGGGGGAAAAAGCCGCGACGACGGGGCAAAAUGCCUUGGCGGCGGGGGUAAAAACCGCAAAAAGCCGCGGCGGCGGGGGCAAAAGGCCACAAAAAGCUGCAGCGGCGGGGUUAAAAAGCCGCAGCACAUAA